AUGGUAUUGCACUCGCUCUCGAGUACUCAGCUCGCUGGAGGCAGCACGCAUUUCAUCGAUGCGCUCAAGUCUGGGCAAGUGGGAUACAUUUCGAUCACUGUCAGCGUAUACCUUACGGCUACAGUCCUCUUCUCUGUCAAUACCGUUUACGCAACCUACUUUCUUCCAUUUAUACCCGCGGUCAUUUGCAUUGCGGUUCAACUGCUCAUGUUAAGUGAUCACGCAAGUUCCCAAAAUCAACACGUUCCUCUGAGUAUCCGCCCACUUUCUGCCUCGAUGAAGAGACGGCAGGCACCUGGGUCGUUUGAUCUCAACGAAAGCGCACGAGAUCGGCCUUUCUCAACGAAUGGGUUCGAAAUGGUGAACACCGCUCCUUUCCUCCCACACAGCUACAAUACCCGUCUUGCGGAUCCUGAGGAUCCUGGCCUGCAGCGCCGCCUUACCAUAGACUCAAUCAAAAGCGCCGCAUGGCGCUCGCGCCCUUGGACACGCGAUAGGAGGCAAUCGCGUCGCGCCUCUUCCCCCUUGCGGCCAGUGUCUUUUCUGGAGACACAGAUAUCCCCUGACAUGUUGCGCCCUCCGCCAAUGCUUCAUGAAAGCUACAACGGCUCGCCAGCGUCUGAGCCGUCAAUGGCGCCUGCAUUGCGGAUCAUGAAUGGUACCCCAACUCCACGGGGCUCAUUGCAAAUGGAGCAGCUGGAAUGCGAUGCCAACGAGAAGCGUCGUCAACAACAGGAGCGGCGCGCUUCAUCAGCCACGCUCUUAAACCACAACAGUAUUUGGGACUCGAAUGCACGGCCAGCCUCCUUCCAUGCGACGAGCGGCACACGGUCCGAGAAUCGCGCAUCUGUUGUCCAGGGCGAUCUCAUUCCUGAACAUCCCAGCUACCGAUUUCGCUCGCUUUCCUCGGGAUCUCUUUCAGUUGAACCAGCCGGUAUGACAAGCACCGGCACCAGGCCCACGGUUCUUCACAAAUACCCGCUGCCAACGCUUACUAGUGCGAGUCGCAACUCGAUGCGCCAGAGCGAUGAAGAUUGGGAAACUGCUGGUGAAGCUUCUGAUACACCAGAUGGAACGAUGGACGAUGGGCCGCUUGCAUUUCCCACUGGUUCAAACGGAAGUGGUGCCGCACAUGGACACAACCGAGGAUCAUCCGAUGAUGCGAUCGCCGCUAUUCAAGAAUGGAAGCAAGAGAAUACUUUAGAGCUGGAGACAGCCGAGAAUUCAAGCCUCGGUCUAUCCCUCAAUCAGAAAGCAUCCGCAUCAUCUUCAACUUGCAAGGAUGAUGGCAUUGCGUCUAAUGGCCAACCCUUGCAAAGCCGACGCGCCAGCAUUAGCUGCGCAGCCAAAUGCCAAGAGCCUCCCCCUCCCCACUCGUCCUCGACUGCGUAUCCUCAAUCGGACGGCGUUGUUGCUCUUCCUUCAGCUCAGCAUGGAAGCCUACCAGAGUCCACCUUCCUAUCGUGCCCACGCCAGUCUCAGCAGCAGCACAGCGUCCUUGCGCCAGUGCCAACGUGGCGGAACCAGUUCCUGGAAGCGCACCGCUCUCCCGAUCAAGAACAAGUCUACCGCUAUCCUCGCUUCGAAAAUCGUGUGCAAGCUGCAUCUGCGCCUACUACUGCCAUGCCUCGUCCGAUGUACUACCAUCAUCCGAUGCCGCUGCUGCAUGCUCAUCAUGCAGAAUACGGUGCUGCAACAGGUGCGACGGCUCCAAUCCUUGCUCCGACGCCAAACUCCUUGGAUGGCGCGGAUGAGCGUCGGCAUCAGCACAGUGCAUUGGAUGUGCAGGGGCCUGGACAUGUGCGCCAUGAGUCGGCUCGUGGACCUCUCAACGAUAUCCGGUGCUGGCAGGAGACAAUCUUGACUGUCGAUUGA